AUGGAGCCAGCUCAAGACGAACAGGCGUUGAUCGACAACAAUCCGCAGUUACAAUCCUACUACCAUUCUCUCGAAUCAAGAAUUGGGUACCGCAUUCUUCUCGGUGGAACGCGGCAUUUCGGAUACUACGAACAUGACACUUGGUGGCCAUUCCCUCUAAGCCGCCCGUUGCGUGUCAUGGAGGAUAAGUUGGCAGCAUUGCUUGACCUCGGACGGGGUGCUUAUGUUCUUGAUGCCGGUUGUGGGGUCGGUCACGUUGCAAUUCAUUUGGCAACUAAGUAUGGAUUCAAGGUCCAAGGUAUCGAUGUUGUCGAUCAUCAUAUUGUCAAGUCGAGACGAAAUAUCGCGCGGCUCGGUCUCUCGGAGGACCAGGUUACUGUACGCAAAAUGGAUUAUCACCACAUGGACAGCUUUGCAGAUGGGAUUUUCGAUGGCAUUUACACAAUGGAAACAUUUGUUCACGCGACGGAUCCUCAGGCUGUUUUACGCAAUUCCUUUCGGGUCCUACGCCCUGGCGGACGCCUUGCGUUGUUUGAAUACGACCAUGAGUUAGCCCAAAACCCCGAAGAAGCAACGGCUCUUUCAAUGAAAAAAAUCAACGACAUCGCUGCAAUGCCAACCAACAACAUAUCGCAACCUGGCGUAUUUCGGCAAAUGCUCGAAGACGCCGGGUUCACGGACGUCGUUGUGCGGGACUAUUCCCCCAACAUCAAACCAAUGACACGUUUUUUCUACCUGCUGGCUUAUAUUCCUUUCCUCAUCGUGACCUUCUUUGGCUUGAAGCGCUUUUUCAUCAACACAGUCGCGGGAGUCGAGUCUUAUCGUGGUCGCCAACAUUGGCGGUAUGUGGCUAUUUCAGCUUCCAAACCGGGAUUUCCUGGUGGGACGAAGAAGAGCCAAUAA